AUGGAUAGCCGUGAUCAGUUACAGCACCAGACGGACAGCCGUGAUCAGGCACAGCACCAGACGGACAGCUGUGAUCAGAUACAGCACCAGACGGACAGCUGUGAUCAGUUACAGCACCAGACGAACAGCCGUGAUCAGUUACAGCACCAGACCAACAGACGUGAUCAGUUACAGCACCAGACCAACAGACGUGAUCAGUUACAGCACCAGACGGACAGCUGUGAUCAGUUACAGCACCAGACGGAUAGCCGUGAUCAGUUACAGCACCAAACGGACAGCCUGAUCAGGCACAGCACCAGACGGACAGCUGUGAUUAGUUAUAUCACCAGACGGACAACUGUGAUCAGUUACAGCACCAGACGGAUAGCCGUGAUCAGUUACAGCACCAGAUGGAUAGCCGUGAUCAGUUACAGCACCAGACGGACAGCCGUGAUCAGGCACAGCACCAGACGGACAGCUGUGAUUAGUUACAGCACCACACGGACAGCCGUGAUCAGUUACAGCACCAGACGGACAGCCGUGAUCAGUUACAGCACCAGACGGACAGCCGUGAUCAGUCACAGCACCAGACGGACAGCCGUGAUCAGUUACAGCACCAGACGGACAGCCGUGAUCAGUUACAGCACCAGACGGACAGCCGUGAUCAAUUACACAUUUGAAAGACCAUAUAUGGCAGACACAGAACAGGAGCCACCUGUUGUGGCUGAUCCACCUGUUGUGGCUGACCCACCUGUGGCAACAGACUUACCUGUGAUGGCAGAUGCACCUGUUGUUUCAGAAGAAGGUGGUGCUGGAACUCUGAAUGAAGACAGUGAACAGAAAAUUAAACAGGAUGAAACUGUCACUGAAAAAACAGAAAAUGGAAAACCAGCAGAAGUGACAGAAGCAACAGACUCUGUUCCAGAUGAACUACCCAACAAGCAAUCAGAUUCCGAACCAAAAAGUUCAGAAAGACCAAAGAGUAGUGGGUCUGGGGGAGUGUUUGUGUCGGCAAAGGGAAAGAGAAAGAAGAAAAUAGUUGUAGAUCCAGAUGCUCAUAUUGUCACCAUUACAGUGACUAUAUCAAUGGCCGUCCCAACAGCCAUUCUUGUUCAUGAUGAAGAUCAGCCAGACAUGAAGGACAUGGUAAAGAAGGAGAAGAGGAUGAUAGAGAAGCCACGUCCACAGAGAUGGUACCACAUAGAGUACUAUCUCCUUCCUGAUGAAGAAGAGCUUAUCAAAUCUGAUGUAGUUUCCUAUGGGCCUGCUGUAAAGAUUUUCACAGAACAUGACUCCAGGGUGCUGAGGACCUGGCAGGAAGGUGACCUCACAUGGAUAAGUUGGAUUGAAAAUAACACAGUCAAUGUUACUCGUGAUCUCUUAAUGAAGCUGUUCAACCACACUGUGGAGUUGCGGAUUUGGGACGAGACGGAUAAGAUGAAGACAAACAGUAAAGUGAACACCAAACUCAGCACCAGUGCCAGGUGGGAUCGACCUCUGAACUUCAAACUGCCCUCCACAAAACCAGAACAAGCAAUGAGUUAUGACGAAAAAGAAAAUUUCUUGAAAAUGAGUGAGGAGGAGAAGAAAGGUGUGAAGGGGAUAGUUUUACGUCAGUCCAAGAGCUACACGAAGAUGCAGCCCAAGAAGUGCCAAGAUACCCGUGCCAUUCCAACUCAAGUAACAUUUUCCACCAGACGGAAAGAAGAAAAGAAAGAACCCGAGAAGCCAGCAUCUCCAAAGGGUAGAGCUGAGUCGCCAACCCCUAAAACUCUAGUGGGUGUAUCCAAUAAGAAACUUGACUCACAAGAUGGCAGAGGGUCCUUCAGUCGACUAGGGCGACUAGCAGGAGCCGACCCUGCGCCUGCUUCCUCCCCAAGAGGUAGGGACUCAGUGCACAGCAAGAUGAGCUCUGACAAGAUGAGUCAAAAAUCACAUUCUUCCAAACAAAAAGCAAAAGAGGAAAAGAAUGCAUCACCUUCUGGACGAAAUGCCAAGUCAGCUGAAUCAGUUGGAUCAAAGGUUGAGGCAUUGAAGGAAAUCCAGAGGCUUAAGCGACAAAAGAAAUCCGACGCUGCCCAACUGGCCGCCCAGCAGGCUGCUGACCUCAUAUUCAAGUUUGGAACAUGCAUGAUUCCUGUCAGAAUGGCCAACUUCUUCACAGGUGUAAAGAGUCUAACAAGCCGUCUUGCUGAGCCUGUACUAGGAGUAGAAGAUUGCUUUAUUAGCCUUAAGGUGGAUGGACCCAUCAUGUCGGAGAAACAGAAAAUGGAACUGAAUCCAAUGAUAAUCAAAAUUCAUUCAUGUACCAACCUCCCCGACUCUCCAAUUAGCUAUCCUGAACUCAAAAUGAGAUGUAAACCUGUUUACUGUAAAUACGAAUUCUUUAAACAGCCUGUUCAUAUGAGUGCGGGGCGGGAACAUAGCCAGAACAUCUACUGGGAUGACGUCAAUGUUGUACUUACUGGUACUCUUGAUCCAUCUGAGCUUCGCCAAUACUUGAAUGGACCCCCACUUGAGAUUGAGGUACAUGACCGAGAUCGCCGUGAGGAGGAUGUCCGUCUCAAACCAACGCUGUUUGGAGAUGAUUUGGAAGAUGAAAAAAUAAGCAAUGUCGGCACCAUUACAAGUCGAAGGACCCUGCACAAUCCAUUCACGGGUAGGAACAAACCAUGGGAUCCUUAUGGUACAACAAAGGUGGACCUGUCUGAACUCUUACUUGGUCACAAGUAUCUUCAUAUCAAAGUUCCAAUACACAACUGUGGUAUCCCUGAUGUUCUCGGCUCCAAGGAAGGUGGUGACGGCAAGCUGGUCGGCUUCCCAGGAGCUGUAGAUGGGCCAGUGGACAGACCUAUAUCAGCUGGUCACUAUGUUAGCUCCAACACGAUGAUGAAAAUUAAGGUAGAGCUUGCCCAUCCCCUCACCAAUCCUGACAAAGUGGCUAUUCGGGAACCCAUCGAGUCUACACGAGAGUGUCCAUUUGGAAGGAUUGUAUUCAUAUUUGACUACAAGAACACGACCCUGCUCCACCAGCUACAGAACUUAGUUACUGAGGUCAACGCUCAAGCUUUGGAGCUAGAUGACAUGCCGCAGCACGUCAUUAAUGCAGCACUUUCAACUUACAAAUUGUCUCUAGAACAGCAAAAGAGCAGGACACUGAACAUUGUGACAGGGUUUCAGGUAAUGGAUGGCGUGAUGCACUUGUUCAUGUUAGAGGGCCUUCAUCAACGUGCUAUUAAGACGCUUUGGAACUCUCUACCGAGGCCAGAGAAAUCUGAUGUUAAAGUACUCUAUAACUCGGACAUGAACUUCAGUGAGCGACUGUACGGACCAUUAGAUGUUGAUCUAUGUCGGGUCAAACUCCAUGAAUCACUAACUCAGAUUAUCCAGCAGCCUCUUCUAUACGUGAGGGACAUGGUCCCAAAGGCAUGUUUUGAGGCACUCAUCAGGAUCUACGAGUUGACUAAGUUGGACCAGAUGAGGAAUGUUGUGAGAAAUGAUCUGUUUCCUAAUGCUGACAUGAUCAUCUCUAUGAGUAAAGAGUUUGGUGUUCCUCUCACUCAAGCAGACUUUGAAGAACUUCUGCCAGAAGAAGAGAAACAGCGAGAGCCGGAGGUGCAGGUAACACACUACGACUCGUUCAUCAGAGAGACAAGUCGACUCUGGACACCAAUUGAUAAUUACAACAAGGAAUAUGUGGAGCGUUUGGGAACCCGUGAACAACACCACAACUUUAUACAUGAAAAUAAGGAAGACAUCAGAAAUGCCAGCGAGAUAAAUAAAAAGGAGAGAGAAAUGAAUAAAAUUCCAACAAUCCAUGCAGAUGUGAAAGUCGCUCAUAACUACAGUUCUCAGACACUCAACUCUACAGAACUGGCCAAGGAGAAGCUACGACAGAUGUUGGCAGAGCAUCCUGACACACGAUACACCUAUUGUCAAGACUAUCAUCAUUCUAUGACUGUUGUCCCGGUCAACGUGGAGGCAUUAAGGAAACAGGCCCAAGAGGAAUCAAAACGACGCUGGAAAACAGAAACAGGCUGGAUCUACCCUGGCAUGAAGACUAUGCAGGAGUGUAAUGUACACCCAGGACGUCCAGACACAGCCAGGGUCGAGGAAUUGACAGAGAGAAUUCAAAUUCAUGUUAUAUGGCCAUGGCGAGAGAACAUUCUACAUGUAGGGAUGCUGCAGCCACCACUGGAGCGUGACUGCUUUCCUUGGGAAGUACGUCACCAUGACAUGGAGUUGUAUCGCCGACCUAAGUCUGUGUUUGGAGAUGAGCCAGUCACCAUCCACCUGGCUGGCCAGAAACUAAAGAAGGAGCGCCUCGAUGCAUUACGGAAAGAUUUUGAGAAGUGGCGGUCAAAGCAGGUGGUGGACGAUACUAGGCAAUACUUUCAUCGCUGCCUCAUGGAGACAGAACUCAAUGACAAGGGUCAAAACCAGAUAGAUAAGUUACGAGGAUUACUGAAGGACAGUCCGAAUAAGUUGUCCCUCCGUAAACCAGGUCUUCAUCUCAGGGAUGUACCACCUCUCAAUGUGGUUCUGAACCCCAGUGUUGACACAGAGGCUAGACUCGCUGGCCUUUCCACUCAUCCUGCUGUUGAGGGUGAGGGUUAUGAGAAAAUCAAGGGGUUCAAACCUGGUCCGUUUGAGUCACAUAGCUGGAACCUGGAGAGAAACAAGAUACCAGCGUAUGAUUAUGAUCAUAACCAAUUUGCAGAGAAAAAAGGAUUUGACUUUAAUCCUAGAUACAAGGAGAGGGGUACACUGUGGAAGAGGUCAAUUAAUCCAUUGAAGGACGAGGAGCGCGACAAUCAUCUGUUUCGUAUUCCAGAUGACUACCAAAGAUUCGGCAAGCCACGACCCGUAUUUGACGUUGAUCCAAUACCCCCAACUAUCACUGAAACCAAGUCCAUCCUCAAAAAUCCUGGCAGAAACAACAAUCAAAAUGGUGUGACCAUGUCUGCCGAUGCUGUGUAUCACCGAUCUCCCUUACAGUCAUCGUCAGCCAUGUUAACCUCUAAUCCUACCCUACCCAAAGUUGUCCAGCAGUCUAAACAGAUGGAAACAUUAGUAAACUGAUAAGUUAUCUCAGAAUGGUCACGUAAAGGUCAUAAAAUUGUUUGGUUUUUUAGCAAAAUGAAGUGCUAAUUGAUAGUAUGACUAUCAGAACCACUCUAUACAGUGGCACCUAUA